AUGAAGCCAAAACGUAUGCAUAUGGUGCACAACAUGGUCGUGAAUUACGGUCUUUACAAGAAACUCGAUAUCGUUAAACCCAAACGGACGACCGCAUACCAAAUGACACGGUUUCAUUCAGAUGAAUACAUCAAUUUCUUACAAAACGUUACACCGGAUAAUCUCGAAAUACUCGCUAUGCAACACGGUGGAUUGGAACAGGGGAUCGCACGAUUCAAUGUCGGUGAAGAUUGUCCUGUGUUUGAAGGCCUGUUUGAGUUUUGCUCCAUCUCAGCAGGCGGUACCAUUGGCGCAGCCAACAAGUUAUUGGAUGGCGAAGCCGAUAUUGCUGUGAACUGGGCCGGUGGUCUGCAUCACGCCAAAAAGACAGAAGCGUCUGGUUUCUGUUACGUGAACGAUAUUGUACUCGGCAUAUUAGAGCUUUUACGAUAUCAUCAAAGAGUGCUUUAUGUUGAUAUCGACGUUCACCACGGUGAUGGCGUAGAAGAAGCAUUUUAUACCACGGAUCGUGUCAUGACAUGCUCCUUUCAUAAAUUUGGCGAAUUCUUUCCUGGUACGGGUGAUAUCAAGGAUACCGGUUUGGGCAAAGGAAAAAAGUAUGCCGUCAAUGUGCCUUUAAGGGACGGCAUAGAUGAUGAGACCUACCGAAGUGUAUUCAAGCCAAUCAUCCAGCACAUCAUGGAGUGGUAUCGACCGGGAGCGAUUGUGUUGCAGUGUGGCGGCGAUUCAUUAGCGGGCGAUCGAUUGGGGUGUUUCAACCUAUCGAUGCGUGGUCACGCAGCCUGUGUUGAAUACAUGCGAUCUUUCAAUAUCCCCAUGAUCAUGGUUGGUGGUGGUGGAUACACCAUCCGCAAUGUCGCAAGAACCUGGACCUUUGAAACGGGUCUGGCCGUCGGGGAAGAUUUGACAGAAAUGGAACUGCCUUAUAACAACUAUUUUGAGUAUUACGGACCGGAGUAUAAAUUGGAUGUCCCCGCCAACAACAUGACCAACCAUAAUACGAGAGAGUAUUUGGAUCAGACCAUUCGCAAGAUCAUUGAUAAUUUACGAAGUAUGCCUUUCGCGCCAUCGGUGGGGAUGCAGGAAGUUCCACGCGACUUUCAUGCGGAUGAUUAUAAUGAUGGUGAAGACAGUGAAGCAGAAGAAGCCGAUUCACGUCAAACGCAGCGACAUAAAUUGGAAGUGAUGGGAGUGCUGUAA